AUGUUGCCUCACUUCACUCCAUCACGUGAAAAAAGUUUGAGUAAAGAGUCAUACGGAAUAGAAACCAUGGAGAAAGGAUGUGUUUGUGUAACAGGAGGGACGGGGUAUUUAGCAUCAUGGAUGAUCAAAAGGUUGAUUGAAGAGGGAUAUCUUGUAAAUACAACAGUUAGAUCUAAUUCAGGAUCUAUGAAAGAUGUGAGCUACCUGAAGGCUCUACCCGGGGCAUCAGAGAGGCUUAAGAUUUUUGAAUCGGAUCUAAGCAAACCCGAGACAUUUGAGGCACCAAUCAGAGGUUGCAUCGGGGUGUUUCAUGUUGCCCAUCCGAUUGAUUUUGUGGGCAACGAACCCGAAGAAGUGCUAACAGAAAGAGCGAUCAAGGGUAGUUUGGGUAUUUUACAAGCAUGCAUUGAUUCAAAGACCGUUAAGAAACUCGUGUACACCUCUAGUGCAUGUGCUGUUGUAUUGAAUGGAAUUUGGAGCUUCCUAUUUCAUUUCCAAGACAAUGACCGAAAAAGCAACACUAGAGUUUGCUGA